CCAAUUUUCUCUCUUUCUCUUUAUUUUUCCCUUAAUUCAUCUUUAAAAAAUUAAAGGAUUUACAAAUUAAGGAUUAAUAUUUUAUAAAAUGGGUAGGUCUCCAUGUUGUGAUGAUAAUAUUGAAUUGAAGAAAGGUCCAUGGACACAAGAAGAAGAUGAAAAGCUUGUUUCUUACAUCAAAAAACAUGGCCUUGGAAGUUGGCGGGCUCUUCCGAAGGCGGCCGGGCUUAAUAGGUGUGGAAAGAGUUGUAGAUUAAGAUGGACUAAUUACUUAAGGCCUGAUAUUAAGCGUGGUCACUUCAAUGAACAAGAAGAGGACAUGAUUAUCAAGCUUCAUUCUGUUCUUGGUAACAAGUGGUCAAGAAUUGCAGCUCAUCUUCCGGGAAGAACAGAUAAUGAAAUAAAAAAUUAUUGGAACACUCAUCUAAGAAAAAAACUUCUCCAAAUGGGUAUUGAUCCUGUUACACACAAACCAAGAACUGACCUUAAUUUCCUAGCAAAUCUAUCCCAAAUCCUUACAAACCCACCAAAUUUAGGUCCUUUAAUGAACUCUUGGGACAUCAAUAAUGCCCUUAGGUUACAACCCAAUGUAGCUGCCGAGGUUGCUAAGCUUCAUGUCCUACAAAACAUCUUCCAAAUACUAAGUACAAAUAAUUCAUCAUCAUCAUUACCAACUAAUAUGCCAUUAAAUAUGGGAUUAAAUCCUAAUCUAAAUGGAUUAAGUAACAUUAAUUCCACUAAUAACAUUGAUAAUGGCGUGUUUAGUAGCUCAUCACAAGGGUUUUGCCAAGUUCAAAAUUAUACCCAAGAAUUAUAUCAAAGUUUGGAUAAUAAUAAUAAUAAUUGUGAUAAAAGCUUGAGCAAUAUUAGUUAUGAAACCCUAGAUGAAAAUAGGCUUCCUUCAUUGGUUACUAUUUCUCCAGAAGCUUCUACUGUUAAUCAAGUUGAGAGCAACACAAACUCCAUUAGUGGUGGUUCCUCUACUAUGUUUAAUCCCACCACAGAUGAUUUGUUUGAUAGUUUGGAAAUGUUAGUUGAUGAUGGCACUACUCAUGACUUAUGGAAACAAUUCUUAAAUUAACGGGUAUACUUGGUUGUAGCAGCAAGAAGUUCUUGUACAUGAUACGUACAAUGCAUGCAUGGCUUACGUUCUUUGUGAUAUUCGCAUUAACAUACUUGUAUAAAACCCUACACUCUCGAAUUUUUCAU